AUGACCGACACUGAGAUCCAACAAGGAGAUAAGGUCUCAUGGAACUGGGGCUCCGGACAGCCCGGUGGCACCGCUGCCGAGGUCAAGGACCAAGGCGAGAUUGCCAUUGAAUCCAAGAAGGGCAACACUAUCAAGAAGAACGCCUCGCCCGACAACCCCGCUGUGCACGUCGAGCGCUCUGGCAACGACGUCGUGAAGCGCGCUUCCGAACUCCAGAUCGACGAAAAGGCCGACGGCGCUAACGGCGACUCCAAAGAAGAGGACAAGUCGGCAGAGUCAGAGAAGAAGGAUGACGACAAGUCGGCUGACUCAGAUAAGAAGGAGGACGAGAAGACCUCCGAAGCCGAGAAGAAGGACGAGGAGAUGAAGGACGCGCCUGACAGUGAGGAGAAGAAGGAAGAAGCGCAAACCAACGGCGAGUCCAAGGCUGAAGAGGCCAAGGAGGAUUCGAAGGAAGAGGCCAAGGACGACGCGACAGAAGACAAGUCUGACGAAAAGGACGAGGAACCCCAGGCCGGCGACAAGCGCAAGGCCGACGAGGUAGCCGCGGAUAAGACCAACGGCGCCGACGCUGACGCCGAUGAGAAGCCCGCCGAGAAGAAGGCAAAGACCGACGAGGCUGACGACGAUGAAGCCGAGGACAAGGAAGAAGCCGAGACAAAGCCUACCCCCAAGAAGGGCGGCCGCGCCAAGAAGGAGAAGAAGGAACCCGCAAAGAAGAAGGCGCCCAAGAAGGCUGCCACCGCCGACGGCACACCACGCCGCAGCGGCAGGACCACUAAGAACACCGCAUCAAUGGCGGAAGACUAG